GCGGGCGCCGGACCCCCAGGCGGAGCGACAGGUCUCGGGCCCUCAGGCGGAGCGGCGGGCGCCGGACCCCCAGGCGGAGCGACAGGUCUCGGGCCCUCAGGCGGAGCGGCGGGCGCCGGACCCCCAGAUGGAGCGACAGGUCUCGGGCCCUCAGGCGGAGCGGCGGGCGCCGGACCCCCAGGCGGAGCGGCGGGCACCGAGACACCAGGCACGACAGUGGGCUCCGAGUCAACUGGUAUGACCGCAGGCACUGGGUCAGACAUUGGAUGGUCUGGCUGGACAGCGGGCAUCGGGUCACCAGGCAUCAGGUCAUUUGGCUCGACCGCGGGCACCGCGUCAUCUGGCAAGGCAGUGGGCUCCGAGUCAACUGGUAUGACCGCGGGCACUGGGUCAGACAUUGGAUCGUCUGACUGGACAGCGGGCAUCGGGUCACCAGGCAUCAGGUCAUUUGGCUCGACAGCGGGCACCGCGUCAUCUGGCAAGGCAGUGGUCUCCGAGUCA